AUGUACAACCACGCCCACGCAUGUACAACCACGCCCACGCAUGUACAACCACGCCCACGCAUGUACAACCCCGCCCACGCAUGUACAACCCCGCCCACGCAUGUACAACCACGCCCACGCAUGUACAACCACGCCCACGCAUGUACAACCACGCCCACGCAUGUACAACCACGCCCACACAUGUACAACUACGCCCACGCAUGUACAACCACGCCCACGCAUGUACAACCACGCCCACGCAUGUACAACCCCGCCCACGCAUGUACAACCACGCCCACGCAUGUACAACCCCGCACACGCAUGUACAACCACGCCCACGUAUGUACAACCCCGCCCAACAGCACAACAUAG